CAAGGAGGACAGAGCACCAAGGGAUCUUUGGGUUUGGAAAACACUGAGCCAUGGAUUGAAAUUUCAUCAUAGGCUGCUCAGAAUUUUUAAGACAUACCAGGACAAGACCAGUCAACAUAAAAUGUUGAAUUGAGACUUGCCCAAAAGAAGGGAGCAGGCAUGGUUCAUGCUUUCAGGAAUAAGCUAGAUAUGUUAUGAAAAGGAGUUAGAACAUUGAUCAAUAAUUAUCAUUUCCUUCUCUGAUAUCACUAUUUUGAACAGUUUCGGGAGCUUGAGGGAUCUGUGGAAACCUCAUCAGAAUCACCAUAAGGCAUAAUAGUUAUAGAUCAAGCCCAAUGGCAUUGUAAAAGAUACCAUUUAGAAUUAUUAAGUGGAGGAGUAAAUUAUUCGAAUAUGCCUCCAGACUAUAAAAUCUUUCAAAUUGGGGAUUGUUACAGGAGAAUAUAUUUUUAGAAAGAAUAAGAACCUGUUUUAUUUUUCCUGUCAAAGCUUACAAGAUAAUUUGACAUUACCGGCCAGUACUGCAGAAGGCUUUCGGGUUUCUUAGAAAUAAAACUACUUUUAUGGAGUUUCUAUGACUAUCAGCUAUGUUUAGACCCCAGGAUUCAGGUUCUAACUUGCCCUGUGACUCUCUCACAGCUCCUGAAUAUCCACAGCCAAGAUGUCCUGCCAGCAGAACCAGCAGCAGUGCCAGCCCCCUCCCAAGUGUCCUCCCAAGUGCCCUCCCAAGUGCCAGACACCAAAGUGCCCUCCAAAGUGUCCCCCUAAAUGUCCUCCCAAGUGCCCCCCUGUGUCUUCCUGCUGUAGCCUGGGUUCCGGGGGCUGCUGCAGCUCUGGUGGCUGCUGUGGCUCCAGCUCUGGUGGCUGCUGCAGCUCUGGGGGUGGAGGUUGCUGCCUGAGCCACCACAGACCCCGCAGAUCUUUCCGUCGCCAUCGCCACAGCUCUGGAUGCUGUAGCAGUGGUGGCAGCAGUGGCUGCUGUGGCAGCAGCGGUGGCUGCUGUGGCAGCAGCGGUGGCUGCUGUGGCAGCAGCGGUGGCAGCAGUGGUGGCUGCUGUGGCAGCAGCUGUGGCGGCAACCAGCAGUCUGGGGACUGCUGCUGACUUGAGCAACUAACACAUUAAACAAGCCAUUCAGGAGGAAGCCAUGUUCGGAGGACUUUCUCUGGCCUGUUCUCUUCUGCUGACCUGUUCUUCUCUCCUGAUGCCCUGUGUGUCCUGGGCUCUAAGAUGCUGUAAUCUUGUGAGAUGUUUUGAAUGUCCCCUUUUGAAAUGCCUGUCUUCUCGGGGACAAAAUAAUAAAGUGCUUCCCUAACAAA